AUGACCCUAACAUUGCUUGACGUUGUUCUAGGCCUGACGCUUGUCACCCUCGUUGUCCUCUAUGUCGUUCAGAACCGACAAACCACUUCCAAGAGGCAUCUCCCACCAGGCCCUCGACCACUGCCGAUUUUGGGUAACGCGCACCAAAUGCCCUCAGACUUUGCCGAGAAGGUGUUUGCCCAGUGGAAGGACUUGUAUGGCGACAUCAUAUUCCUACGAAUGUUCAAUACCCCGGUGCUGGUCCUGAAUUCUGCCAAAGCUGCGCGGGAUUUGCUUGAAAAGCGCAGCACGAAGUACUCAGACAGACCGUAUUCAAUCAGGUUCAUCGAACUUCUGGGAUGGGACGCAAGCUUUGGACUCAGGAACUAA